AUUUAGAAAUUUUAUUAACAUUUUCAUAGGUCGCGCUCUAAUGAAAUUUCCAGUGUUUGCCAAGGCAAUCCAGAAAUGUGGUAUCGUUUUGAGAUCUUACGGCAUAUCACUUACAGAUAUCUUAACAAGUGAUAAUAAAAAUAUUUUUGAUAAUAUUUUAAAUUUUUUAUUGAGUCUUAUUGGACUACAGAUUGGAUUAGUUGAUCUUUUAACAUCUAUUGGUGUAGUCCCCGAUUUUAUAAUCGGUCACUCCAUCGGUGAACUAAUCUGUGGAUAUGCCGAUGGAUGUUUAUCGGCCAAAGAAACGAUUCUGUCGGCAUAUUUCAUCGGUUUAGCCCUUCACGAGUCGAAAAUAAUUAAUGGCUCUAUGGCUGAAAUUAAUCUCGACCUUGAAACCUUAAAAGUUAUGUGUCCUUCGGAUAUCGAUAUAGCUUGUUACAAUAGUUCUUCUAAUUUUAUUGUAAGCGGACCAACGAAUUCUAUAAAAACAUUCCUGACCAAAUUGCAGGCGAAUAGUAUAUCUAUAAAAGAAAUUUUUUGUGGUUAUAUACCUUUUCAUAGUCGUUACAUCAAACCUGCUGUUGCUAAGUCUGAAGAAUACUUGAACCAAACAUUACCACAAAAAAAGUUUCACAGCUCAAAGUGGCUGACAACAUCCUCAAAUGAGUACUCCAAUACUAUACCUUUAUGUUCAAAAUAUUAUACAAAUCACUUCUUGUCUCCGGUGUUAUUCGCAAAGACGAUACGUUCAGUUCCAAGAGAUACAGUGACGAUUGAAAUAUCUCCUCAGAAUAUUCUUCAACACAUUUUGAACAAUUAUUUAUACUCUACAGUAACAAACGUAGCGCUAUAUGAACGAACCGAGGAUCAUAAUAAUGAGAUAUUUUUAGAAUCAAUUGGAAAACUUUAUAACGCAGGAUUGCAGCCACAGAUUGCAAAUCUCUAUCCGACAGUGGAAUUUCCUGUAAGCCGUGGUACCACAAUGAUUUCUCCUCUUAUAAGAUGGGAUCAUUCA